UUCUGCAGCUGACCCAUGGCAGAAAUAGUGGAGUUCCGCGUCCCGGAUGGAAAUGGACGGACCCUGCUCGUUUUGGGAUUGGAGACAGACGCGUCAGAGCAUGCCCUAUAUUUAACCUUCUCUGCAUUUGGGCCGCUCUAUUCCGUGAGGGUUCACCAAAAUGCUCCAGUCGCUGGGCCUGGCUAUUAUGCCCUUGUGAAGUUCUACUCUGCGAGAGAUGCCAGCAAGGCACAAUGUGCUUGCAACCAGCGGCCCCUGUUUCAGAAAUCCCCUUUGAAGGUUUGCCUCUGUACCAGACAGCGACCCUUUUCACAGAAAGGCUUGGGUUUGAGCAGCUACAGAUGCCGGGAACUAGCCAAUCAUUUCCUUGGUUUCAACAGCUGGUCCAGUCGUAUCAUCACGCUCCAGAACAUAUCUGGUUUUGAAGACGAGGAGAAUGACGUGGAAGAAGUGAGGACAUCGCCCAGGAGCAGGAAUGCCAAAUAUCUGUGUAUCCAAGAAUUAACCUUCCCCCAGUAUGGGAUCCGCACCAGAGGGAUUGGUCUGGCUGAGCUUAAUGUAGAUCCCAGCCAAGAGUUUCUCAUGGCCGCGAACAACAUCCAGAAGCUUGCCGUGCAUCGAGCCCUCUCAGAUGCAUUUCAGAAGAUUCUCCUUAUAGUUCUAGAGAAUGGGAAGGUAGCUGUCGAGUACAGCUGUCCCCAGGAAGACCACAUUGACCUUUUAACAGAAGAGGAACUCAAAGGUCUUGUCCAGGUGACUGAAUUAUCACUCUCACAGUUAAGUCCUGUAGAGGAAGAGGAGAUCUCUUGAUUUUAGCAUGUAUUGAAAAUAGCACCUGGUGCCCACAGAGUAAUGCCUUUAAAGGAGGAUAUUUUACACCUUCUCUCUGCUUUGAAAGGGCAACUGCUGCAUCUGAAGCUCGUGACAUUAUUGGAAGUCCCAUUUUGUUGUUUGCAGUGGUUGCAGAUGAUGAUUUCCAUAAAUUGACACCUGCCUAUCAAACGAUUGCCUAUAAUUGCCUAUUUAUUUUUAGCGAAGUGGGGUGAUUCCCUCCUCACCAAUUUAGUCUCUUUUUUUUCUAAUAAAUUGGUUCCUGAAAAAAAUGAUCUGUUAUGUUUCUUUCAUUCAAAGGUGAGUAUUUGUCCUCAGUACAGUGGUACCUUGGGUUACAUACGCUUCAGGUUACAGACUCCGCUAACCCAGAAAUAGUGCUUCAGGUUAAGAACUUUGUUUCAGGAUGAGAACAGAAAUCGUGCUCCGGCGGUGCGGCGGCAGCAGGAGGCCCCAUUAGCUAAAGUGGUGCUUCAGGUUAAGAACAGGUUCAGGUUAAGUACAGACCUCUGGAACGAAUUAAGUACUUAACCCGAGGUACCACUGUAUAGCAAAUACGAGCCUGGGAUUAGGAAUUGCCUGAUAACUGUUGCCAGUCAGAGUAAGAACUACAAGUGUUACAUGGGCCAAUGGUUGGACUCAAUGUAAUGGAGUUUAAUUUGCUCCUAUAUCCAUCCAUCCAUCUUGGCUGUCUCUUAGUGCAGGCCCAGCUCAUUGGGGCCAAUCCUGCCACCGCCUACAAUGAACCACCAUUGGCAGGAUUGGCAGCGAUAUCAG